AUGUCCUAUCCCACACAGCAUUUUGAGCAUUUUCCCACCAUUAUUUUUGUUUUACUUUUACUGUACUUUGCUGUUGUUGUGCUUAUAUUCGCAUUAAUCUUCGUGUUCAAGGUAAGACCUGAUUGUAGAUACUGUUGAAUUGAAUUUGAAUAAACUAACGAUUCCUCUUUGUUCAGCCGAAUUGGCUCAAACAAAAACCGAUGGAUGGGGACAUCUGGCAAAUGACCGACUGUUCUUUCAUGAACUACUGCAUUCCCUGUACCGAUUGCAGUUUCAGGCAUUUACUUCGCUCUGUUUGUCCGGCACAGGUUCAACUUAUUUUGCAUAAAAAGAUCGCAUAUCUUCUUUUUUAGAAUUGGCGCAAAAUGAUUCUCUGUGAUGGCCAAUGUUUUCAUCGGAACGAAACGAAUAGAAUUGAUUUUCUGUGCUGCACAGUUUGA